AUGGCGGUUACUGUUCGAAUUAUGUUUUCAGUGUUAAUUAUUUACCUUGGAUGUGAUCACUGUGGUGACUGCAGGCCGGAAGGGAAAUCAAAAGCAGGAAGAAGUUCGAUAAACAGAUACCUCGAUCAGACGGAGAUGAAUGAUGUGCUACAAAUAAAUGACUAUUUUAACAAUGGAGGUCCUGUGUGUGGUCGUCGCUAUGUUGUUAAUGGCGAGCUUAGACGUGAAGUCAAAGGUGACAACUCUACUGACGACAUCGAUGAUGACUCAGAUAUGGAUAAGAUACUAGGUGGUGGUUUUGCUACUUAUGGGGAAUUCCCCUGGAUAGCAAAUAUAUUAUAUGAUAAUGUGCAUUUGUGUGGAGGCUCUAUUAUCAGUGAAUUCUGGGUUAUCACCGCGGCUCACUGUUUGGACUCCGGGAUAAAAGAACUGUAUUCAAUUGCCGUUGGCGAUCAUACACUGUGGAAACUCGACACACAUGAAACUAAAUAUAACGUGGACUCAGUUUUCUUACAAGGCCGGUAUCAUCCUGGAAGCUUUGAUUAUGACAUUGGACUGAUCAAAGUAAAACCUGACAGAAAUGGUCGAGGCAUUAAGUUCAACGCUUAUGUGCAGCCCUCUUGUCUGCCUCUUGACUCACGAAUCCUUGCUGUUAAUACACAAAUGGUAAUUGCAGGAUGGGGCAAUACAGCCCAGUCCGGGAAUCAGUCAGUAAUACUCAAGAAAGUCCGCGUUCCCCUCAUGUGGCACAGUGAAUGCAUUACUUCCCAUCCCAAAGUAAUCACACCUAAUAUGUUCUGUGUAGGAACUAUUGGACAUAGUGUUGCCAAUGGGACUGCGUGUCACGGUGACAGUGGAGGACCAGCCUUUUCUCAAACUCCGGAUGGUGUCGUCUUAUACGGCAUUAUUUCUUUUGGAAACGGUUGUCGUGACACUAAGGAAGCCACAGUGUUGAUUAACGUUUCCAGAUUUCGAGCAUGGAUUGUCAGUACCAUCAAAGCAAACAGCAAAGGGAUCCAGGCCUUCAUGCCUAUUCGUAGAAAUCCGUUUUAA